GCCGUACCUUUAGUCCCAUGCAGAUGAAAGGCGCUCUGAUGGACAUCAUCCAGCUUGCCGCCCUGGACUCUGACCCCUGGGUUCUCAUGGUUGCCGACAUCCUCAAGUCCUUUCCUGACACCGGCUCCCUCAACCUUGACCUAGAGGAGCAGAACCCCAACGUGCAAGAUAUUCUAGGAGAACUUAGAGAAAAGGUGGGGGAGUGCGAGGCCUCGGCCAUGCUGCCGCUGGAGUGCCAGUACCUGAACAAGAACGCCCUGACCACGCUGGCCGGGCCGCUCACCCCGCCCGUGAAGCACUUCCAGCUCAAGCGGAAGCCCAAGAGCGCCACACUGCGGGCCGAGCUGCUGCAGAAGUCCACGGAGACUGCGCAGCAGCUGAAGAGGAGCGCGGGGGUGCCGUUCCACACCAAGGGCCGGGGGCCGCUCCGCAAGAUGGACACCACAACCCCGCUCAAAGGCAUCCCGAAGCAGGCCCCCUUCCGGAGCCCGACCGCGCCCAGUGCCUUCAGCCCCACCGGGAACCGGACCCCCAUUCCACCCUCAAGGACGCCGCUGCGGAAAGAAAGGGGUGUGAAGCUCCUGGAUAUUUCUGAGCUGGACAUGGUUGGUGCUGGCCGAGAGGCGAAGAGGAGGAGAAAGACCGUGGAUGCGGAAGUGGUGGAAAAGCCAGCCAAGGAGGAAACGGUAGUGGAAAACGCCACGCCGGACUAUGCAGCUGGCCUGGGGUCCACACAGAAACUUGGGUCUCUCAACAGCGAGCCUGCCCUGCCCUCCACAAGUUACCUGCCCUCCACGCCCAGUGUGGUGCCUGCCUCCUCCUACAUCCCCAGCUCCGAGACACCCCCAGCCCCGUCUGCCCGGGAAGCGGGGCUGCAGGCCGGCCGGCCAUCCGAGGAGCCCAGCACCCCAAGCCCCACACUGCCAGCACAGUUCAAGCAGAGGGCACCCAUGUACAACAGCGGCCUGAGUCCGGCCACGCCAACCCCUGCAGCACCCACCUCGCCCCUGAGGCCCACCACCCCUCCAGCCACCACCCCCACUUCUCAGGCCCCCCCGGUGGCCAUGGUGGCCCCACAGACCCAGCCUGCGGCCCAGCAGCAGCCUAAGAAGAAGCUGUCUCUCACGAGAGAGCACAUGUACGCUGCCCAGGAGAUGUUCAAAACGGCCAACAAGAUCACGAGGCCUGAAAAGGCUCUCAUCCUGGGCUUCAUGGCUGGCUCCCGAGAGAACCCGUGCCAGGAACAGGGUGAUGUGAUCCAGAUCAAGCUCAGUGAACACAUGGAGGACCUGCCCAAGGCGGAUGGCCAGGGCAGCACCACCAUGCUGGUAGACACUGUGUUCGAGAUGAACUAUGCCACAGGCCAGUGGACACGCUUUAAGAAGUACAAGCCCAUGACCAACGUAUCCUGAGUGCUGCCUACUGCCCGCCCCACUCACAGGCCCGGGGACCACGGCCUCGCCUGCCUGCCCAGCGUGUGCCCCCACCUGCACGGCCCCGGCUGCCUACUCUGUCAUUUCUCGGGGAUGUUUCAGGCUUUUUAUAUUAGCGUGGGUUUCUUGUUGUGUGAGUUAAGAUACUUUUUUGGAUUCAGUACUACAUUUUUUUAAUGUAAAGCCAAAAAAGUGACAUCCUGCAAAUUUUAGUGCUUGUAAACUUUACCUUUCUAUUUUUUCCCCCUGAAUUCCACUAGCCUAGGCGUGAGGGCUUCUCCUAGUGUGUGCCCCAUGUGCACACGUGUCUCCCCCCUCCCCCCCAGGUUAAGAGGACCAAAGUGGCACCUGGUGAGGCAGGGGGGGGCGUGUGCCAGGUGACGGGCCUUGCCCCACCAUGCCCUCCUGGGGUUUCUAUUUGUCUUUUGUACAGUUGUGGAGAUUUAAGACCUAUUUUCACUGUAAGAUGAUCUGAGCAUUAAAAGUUUAGCUUUUCUAAAGGAAACCCGCAGAGCUCUUUCAGGCCAGCCUGACUCUUUGCCCAGGGCCCAGCCUUUCCCCAAGCCAGGUGUCUGAACACUGCGGCCCCCAGGGAGUAGGGUUGGGUAGCAGGCAGGAUCACCCUGAGGGCAGCCCCCUGGGGUGGGGGUGGACUUGGGGUGGGCUUGUGGCUGGGAAGGCCCUGGGGCUGAGCAGGGAGCUAGACCAGACCCUUUGCUUGACUCCACUUGGGAGGGAAGGAAAGCAUUUCUUUAAACGAGAACUCUUGGUGCCCAGCACUCAAUAAUUGCCGAGGUUC